CUCGAAAAAGCGUCACCGUCGUUACUUCUGCGUCGUGGGCUGCCAUGAACAAGAAGGCCUGAAUCCCAACAUCAGAUUCUACCAUUUUCUUCGAGGCCUCACGAAGCGGAAUGUCGGGCGCGCUGGAUAGCCGCAGUUCGUCGCACUGGGUAAGCGAAACUUCGCUCCAUGCUGAAUGCUUCACCUGUCUUGAAGCUUGCUUGAUUACCUGCGUUCUAAAAUUCGGCCUUUUGCACCUACAGUCCCGAUGGCAGACCGACAUAGCAGCAGGCAUGGCUGGUGAUCCACGAUUCGAGACCCGGCCACAGCGACAAUUACCAAUUCGACUGGUGCGAAAUGGUGAAGCGACCAGGUGCAACGCCCUCGCAUUUCUGCUCCCGGCAAGGGCCAGGAAAAAUCAGCAUAACGUCCGCGAUGGCUGUGGACGUGAGAUACCCCCGAGGACCCUUGUACAGAGACAUAGACGGUUUCAGGCUGAACGCCUACGUGUCGGUCGACCUUUAUCGUUCAGCGUUAGGGUACAAGCCGAGAGCGGACGACGUCUUCAUCGCAACAUUUCCCAAGAGUGGGACAACAUGGAUGCAACAGAUCGGCUACCUCAUUCUUCACGACGGGUCACCUGCUCCCGACGGAAUGGACUUCUUCAAGACCAUGCCCUUCUUGGAGAUGUUCGGUGCCGAAGACGUAGAAAAGAUGAAGCGACCAGGUCUUAUCAAGACACACCUUCCCUAUAACCUGGUGCCGAAGAGUCCCUCUGCGAAGUAUGUCUACGUCUGCAGGAACCCAAAGGACGUAUGCGUAUCGUUUUUUUACCACACCAAGGGUUUCGUGGCGUACGACUUCGUGGACGGCAAACUCGAAGACUUCUUCGAGGUUUUCGUGCAAGGUGCGACUGAUUUCGGUGAAUACUUCGAUCACGUGCUCUCCUGGUACGCUCACAGAAGCGAUUCCAACGUGCUGUUUAUGCACUACGAGGACAUUAAGGCUGACCCAAAGAAUCAUGUACUAAAGCUCGCUGCUUUCCUUGGCAACGAACACCACCGGAAACUUGUCGAACACCCGGAAGCACUGGACCGAGUCAUCGAGCUCAGCGGAAUAGAUUUCAUGAGGUCCAAAACUGGUGCCGACAUAAAGGCGUUCCUUACCAGGCCGCUGUAUAAGGAAAAAGACGUGUGUCCUGGUCUGAACCACUAUCACGAUAUGGCGAUGAGAUAUCCGAAAACAACGGGUUUUAUCCGCAAGGGUGUGGUAGGAGACUGGAAGCAGCACUUCACGCCUGAAAUGAACGCGGAAAUGGAAGCAAAGAUAUAUCAGAGGCUUGCCGGCACGGAAAUUGUUGACGUCUGGAAGAGGCAUGGUAUCCUAUGAACGCGCGUAUUGCAGGUAUUUUCGAAACCAAAGUUCUGACUAUGCACACCUGCUAACUCCCAGCAGUGAUUCUUUAAUGCUGAACAGUUUCACCAACCUACUAAAAAAAAUAUUUGUCCGUC